UCUUUCCAAAAUAAAUGGUGAAUCAAAUUUGACAAAAUUAAAGAAGUCUGAGGAAGUUGAAAAUGAAACUUUUGGAAUAUGGUCGUCACAAUCAGAAAACCAAAGUAAAAUCCUAACUGGUGAAAUUGAAACGCCAUUGAUCAAAGCUAAAGAUACAGUAGCUGAUAAGAAUUCAGAUGAUAUAUUAUCCUGUGUGUCUGUAGAUAGUGAUUGUUUAAAUUCAGUCAGUGAAGAUAAUUUUGACAGUUAUGGUUGUGAUACAGAAUCAGAUGAGGACAUUUUUAACAUCGCUACUCCAGAAACGCCAAAUUAUUUUUCUUGUAAUACGGAAGUCGAUAAAAAUCAAAACUUGAAACCAGUUAAAAACAUUGAAAAUGAUUCCAAAUCUGGUGGAUUUUUGACUAAUGAUGAAAGCUGUGAAAGUGCCAAUGAGUUACCUCCCUUAAAUACAACUGCCGUUAUUGAUCUCUCCAAUGAAGAGUCAAACUCUAGAACCUCCACAAGUGCCUCUACCUCAACCAAUCCAGGCAUUACCAAGCAAACCUCACUUUUUAAUUUUUUUCAAUCAAAUUUACAAAAACCUAAAGUUAGUGCCAAUAAAAUGACUUUUGUAGCUGAAGAGAAAGUUGUCACAAAUAAAAGAAAAUCAUUGUCAGCUUUAAAGAAAAUUAAAUCAGACCCUUGGGGCUCUUUAAAGAGACCCACAAAAUCUGUCUCUACAGCAGUUCAAGAGACAAAGUCUGAGAAGAAUUCAAGUGAUAGUGUUAACCAAACUGAAGCCAUCUUGUCGUCUGAGACAGAUAGUUACUCCAACAAAAAUGGACGUCAUAAAUACACUUGUCCAUUUUACAAAAAGAUUCCUGAAACUGGUUUUACAGUGGAUGCAUUCCGCUAUGGUGAAAUACCAGGUUGUACAGCCUAUAUACUGACUCAUUUUCACUAUGAUCAUUAUUGUGGUUUAACUAAGAAAUUUAAACAACCCAUAUACUGCAGUCAGAUAACUGGUAAUUUGGUGGAAUCUAAACUGAAAGUAGAGGUCCAGUAUAUAAAUAGAUUACCAAUGAAUAAACCAUGUGCAGUGAAUGGUGUAGAAUUGAUGUUAAGAGAAGCUAAUCACUGUCCAGGGGCAGUGAUUAUAUUUAUGCGAUUACCCAGUGGAAGACUAGUUCUACAUACAGGAGAUUUCCGAGCACAUCCAACAAUGGAGGACUAUCCUGAAUUAAAAAAUAAUAAAAUCAAUGAUUUAUAUUUAGACACUACGUACUGCAAUCCAGACUAUGCCUUCCCAUUCCAACAAGAUGUGAUCAACUUUGCUAUAAAGAUAGCUGUAAAAACACUGGCUGAUAAUCCUAAAACUUGUAUAGUCUGUGGUACUUAUACUAUUGGAAAAGAAAGAGUUUUUAAAGCUGUAGCCUCUGCAAUAAACAGUAAAGUCUGUGUUAAAAGAGAUAAAAAGAGUAUAUUAGAUUGUUUAGAAGAUGAAGAAUUAAAUAAAAUGGUUACAUUAAAUCCUGCUGAGGCCACUGUUCAUGUUUUACCCAUGAAAUUACUUAAUUUUAAUAGUCUGAGUGAAUAUCUAGAGAAACACCCCCAGUUUACCAGUAUAUUGGUAUUCGAACCUACUGGUUGGACUCACAGUAAAAAAACUAUAUCAUUAGAACAUGUACAACCUAAAUACAGCAGGAAUGCCAUCACACAUUAUGGCAUACCAUACAGUGAACACAGCAGUUUUCUAGAGUUAAAAAGAUUUGUUCAGUUUUUAAAACCCACUCGUAUAAUACCCACUGUGAACAAUGGUAACCCAGCUAGCAGACGUAAGAUGGAGGAUCUGUUUGCUGGUUGGUUGAAAGAAACUGAACAGGACACUCCCACAAAAUCUAAACAGUCGUCUUUGAAUCAAUGGAUGGGCUAGACUCACUAAGUCUUCUUGACGUUCUUGUUAUGGGCAUUUAUUAGUUUACUGAUAAACACAGGGAAUUUAUGUGGGCAAGCCCAGUGGUGUAAGAUGGAAUCAAGGGGCCUUCGACCUUUUGGUUCUCAUCUCAAAAAGUACCUGUCAUUUUUGUGUCUUCCACCACUGAUAGUAAUAUGCUUUAUUGCUAUUUUUGUUGGCAUUUUUUUGCUCCUUUACUUGCUAUGGACAUUUUGGGUUCCAUUACUCAAUACUUCUCACCAAAAGCAUUUUUGGAUUUAUUACUUGCUAUGAGCAUUUUUGGGUUUAUUAAAGUAUCAUUUGCUAUCAGAAUUUUUGUCUUCUUGAUUUGGCAUUUAUUGAAUUUAUUUUAUUGACAAUGCAUUUUCCUGUACAUAAUUAAUAAAUAUUUCUCCACUUUGUAUGUUUAUUACAAUUCAAACUUGGCAUUUUGGAUUUUUUUGUGUUCUGACAAAAUAACUUUCAAUAUUAUAUUUGAUAAUUAUAUUGUAUAUUUUUCAUAUUUAUAAUAUAACUUUUUAAUC